AAGGAYAUAACAAUACGUGUCACGCACUACUGCUAUAUGUGAGUCCCUGCUACUWUAUAUUCGCCGUAUGUAAAGUUAGUGCGCUGAGCUUUCUGUAACAUAAUGUAAGUAUAAUCAAUAGUUGAAUACUAAACAUYACACAAGUCUAACACCGUAAAGGCAGAUUUAGACGACACAACUUUUCCCAACAACUAUCGCAUGCGACCUACUGUCGUGAGGUUAUUAAGCAAUUGUUUAAAAUUGAAGUAACCACCACAGACAUGAAAGUAUAUUGAUAUGGUUAACAUUUUCAGAAUAUUUACAAAACCACUAGAAUUUUGUCUUUCGUGGCUGGCAAAUAAUGCAUUGCUUACUUGAUGGCCGCUGUAAUCAUCUUCAUCAGCAAGAUGGUGUGUGGUCAUGGAUGGUGUUAGUGACUGCUACAUUAAACGAUGCACUGGCCGCCGCGAUGACUUACUGCUAUUCCGUCAUUCUUCUUGUAUUAGUAGAAGAAUUUAACSAAACAAGAGAAAAAGCUGCUUGGAUUCCAUCCAUCGCCUAUAGUCUGCAAUACUUAGCAGCACCACUUUCAGCACUAGUUUCARAGUAUUUGGGUAACCGUUGGACAGCAGUCAUAGGUUCUUUCAUGUGCAUGGCUGGUCUAGUCUCCUCUUCAUUUUCUCCAUCACUUGAACUGAUGUACYUCACWCACGGCAUUGUCUUUGGACUGGGAUCGAGCUUGCUUCAUUUGCCCGGAAUACUUACCUUACAACGAUGCUUCAAAAAAGGACGUGCYCUUGCAACUGGAAUCUUUGCAACAAGUWCAAGCUUSUCGGCAAUGCUGGGACCUUUAUUUCAGUUUCUUAUUGAUAAAUUAGGGUGGAGAAAAAUGUAUUGGAUAAUUGGCUCGUGGUUUGUAGUUCCGUUAGCGAUGGAAGUUGUACUGUAUAGUGCAAACKUUGAUGAUGGAGAGGAAUGUCGUGGAARAAGUARCAAMACCCCGAAUAGGCGAAGUAGUAUAUCAUGUUCGUAUUGGAAUUCUUGGUACACCUUAGGAGUAAUUGUCAUUGGCUUGCAGUCAUUUGUAAUUUAUAUGCCAUUAUCACACAUGGGUAAACACGCCGAGGAAGUUGGUUAUCCAGAAAACAAGUCAUCAAUGUUGUUGGUUUAUAUCGGUAUUGCAUCAUUGAUUGGUAAAGUUAUUGCUGGACGACUCCUCGAYUCUCCUAGAUUCUGUCCUUUUUGGAUGAACCAAUGCUCUGGAAUGUUCUUAACAAUUUCUGUGCUCUUACUAAAAUUUUCAAAGAACGAUAAAAGUUUUAUAGCAUUUGCAAUAUUGUACGGUAUUGGAAAUGGGUCAUUUAUGACAUCACAGUAUCAAAUAUGGUUGACUUCAGUUGCACCUGAAAGAAGACCUUCAGGACUAGCAACGGGCGAGGUCAUUGCUGCAGUUGGAAUAAUGACCGGUUCUCCAUUUAUAGGUUUUCUUGCAGAUCAAGAUGGGUCGUACAACAUGUCGUUUGUGGUGUCUACUGUUAUCUUGUUCGUUGCUACUCUAUUGCUCUUCGUACGAUUCUGUUUUAAGAAGAAAACCUUUGGAAGCAAAAUUGCCGAAAGCGUGGCUUUUGUGAGCUUCACGGAAAGAGAACUCGUGGAAAAAGAAACUGUUCUUUUAUCAGAGAAAAUGUGCUGUUACAAUCGUCUUCACCAGCAAGACAGUUUCUGGUCGUGGAUAGUACUCGUGACAGUCACCAUGAAUGAUACUCUAGCGAUACUUAUGUCCUAUUGCUACUCGUUAAUACUUCCAAUUCUWGUCAAAGAAUUCAAACAAACAAGAGAAAAUGCCGCUUGGGUGUCAUCAAUUGCGCUUAGUUUGGGCUAUCUUGCCUCUCCCAUCUCCGCACARAUGUGCUCUUGCUUGGGCAACCGCUGGACAUCUGCAAUUGGUUCCGUCACAUGCAUAGCGGGUUUGAUUGGAUCUUCGUUUUCUUCAUCACUCGAAAUGAUGUACUUCACACACAGUUUAYUGUUUGGAUUAGGAACAAACGUUCUUCACGUACCAGGAAUUCUCAUUCUCCAACGAUAUUUUAAGAAAAGACGUUCCUUAGCAACAGGGAUUUAUUCAACGUGUUCAAGUAUUGCGUCGAUGAUGGGUCCUUUGUUUCAAUUGUUGCUUGAUAAUUURGGGUGGAGACGAGCAUUUUGGGCGAUCGCUUUGUCAUUCACGGCACCCUUAACAUUGUCCUUGAUAUUCUACAGUCCUAACAUCAACGAUAGCAAAGACUACACGAGUGGAAGAACCAAUCGACGCCGUAAAAUCACGUGCUCUUAUUGGAAUCCAUGGUUUACUAUUGGAGUAAUUGUGAUUGCUUUGCAGUCAUUUGGAAUUUAUCCGCCACUCAUUCAUAUGGUCAAACAUGCCAACGAGGUUGGUUAUCCAGAGAGAAAAUCGUCAAUGCUGCUCGUUUAUAUAGGCAUUACAUCACUGAUCGGCAAAGUCACCGCUGGAAGAAUGCUUGACUCUCCYAAAGUCUGUGUUUUCUGGAUAAACCAAGUAUCUGGUUUUAUCAUAAGCCUUUCGCUCGUUUUKCUUACKUUUGCGAACGAUGAUAAUUUUUUCAUAUCGUUUGCAAUAGUAUAUGGUGUUGGRAAUGGCUUGUUUGUGACAUCGAUGUAUUCGCUKUGGUUGACUUCAGUGGAACCGGAACACAGACCAUCGGGAUUAGCAACGGGUGAAGUUAUUGCUGCUAUUGGAGUCUUGACUGGUUCUCCAUUUAUAGGUUUUCUCGCUGACCAAGCAGGAUCUUACAAAAUGGCGUUCGUAGCAUCUGCCGUUGUUCUAUUUGCUGCCUCAAUGAUUUUUUUCAYAAGAUUCUGUUUCAAAAAGAAACGUUUUAAAGAAAAUGAUAUUCCGAGAGAAUCUAUGUUACUGGAACAUAAAAUAGAAAAUGAAUUCCUGGAAAGAGAGACCGUACUUUGAUUAAUGGAGGAUCGAAAAAGUGAAAUGGUAGUUUAGAGUGGAAUAAUUAAACCUGUGAAAUAAAAUUUKACUAUUAUAGCAAGGUCAUUAAACCCAUGAAACAAAACUUGAGUGUUAAAGUGUAAUAGUCGAAUUAUAGACGCAAAAGAAAACAAUGCAUUAGUGCGAACUAAGUUGCAUUAGUGUAAUUUUCAUUUCACGGUUUUUUAACACCUCACUCAAAAGUAACUUUUGGGGAGGAAAUUUGACGAGACCGGAAGUUGCGGCUGUUGAAAGAGACUAUCUAUAAGUGUGAUAGUCAAAUAGACACAAAAGAAAACAAGGUAGUUAGAGCGCACUUAGUUGUAUAAGUGUAAUGUCUAUUUCAUGGGUUUUCUGACUUAAGAAUUAAAAUACAAUUGAAAAAAGAGCAUUUAUUAUAAAAAGAGUUAUGA